AUGGUUCCCUGUAGUCCGGACCUUUCUGCUCAUAGUUAUGGACUGGACAAGGGAGUGCUUAUUUCAUUUCGUCAGUUUGAGGAAGCUUUCACCUCUCGACCGUUGGGAAAGCAUGCUCCUCCAAUUUUGUUUCACGGACUCGGAGCUGAACGAUGUUUGUCCGUCGCGCACGCGUUCAAAUUACUACAGGAGGUUGCUUGUGAUCCAUCAUUUGAUUUGAAACGCGUGCUACCCCCAAGCUGCUUUGAACCAGGAGGGCGGAUUCUGUGCCCACAACUACGCGAAGGGAUGAACUUGAUGCGAAUAAAACUGACGGAUGAGAACUAUCGGCGCCUUUGGCGGGACCAAUUCCACGGUAGACACGGUGAGGGUCUCGCCAGUUUACCUACUCGUGACAGCCAAUCAGCUGCUUAGCCUGUCUCUCCUGUUACAUUCAAUCGAUCAGCACAACUGCGCAAUUGGUGCGUUUUGUGCUGUCCUGCCUCAGGCUAACUUCUGACACAAAGUAUGUGUAUGCGUUUAGUCACCCAGUUUGUGACUUGUCUUGUUUUGAAGCGGUUCUUGCGGUCACGUCCACCCACUUAAUUGUAUAUUUUGUGGUCGCGGACACUGUUUGAGGUUUGUGAUAUUUGGCACUUUAUUGUAUCUUAUUAGCACCGCAGUCAAUCCGUACUUGAUUUUUGACUUAUUUCGG